AUGGGAGAAGAGCAAGACCGUGGUAGCCUUGCAGCGAGACAGCUCGAGCUCCCCGCGCUAGUGGCUGAAGCUACCCGCAAGGACCCCUGCCGUCGCCAAUCGCCGGUGACGGCGGCCCUGGAGCCUCGCCGAAAUUAUCGCCAGCCCCUCCGUGGGCUGCCCACUGACAGCUGGAGCUGGGGUUCGCUAUACGACUUUGAAGCUGGAACUCUUGGGUUAGCUCGCUAUAUACCUGGAUAUACGUACUCGCAGACGCCUCUCACCUCCGAUACCCGCAUUGCUGCAUUCCUCGUCACUUUGGAAAGACUUCAACUUCAGCCCAGCGCAAACGACAGUAUACGCAACAGGAUGUCGACCACCGUGACGCUGGAGACCACGAUGGGCGCCAUCACCGUGGAGCUGUACACGGAGCACGCGCCCAAGACGUGCCGCAACUUUGUCGAGCUGACGCGGCGGUCCUACUACGACGACUGCCCUGUGCACCGCAUCAUCGCCGACUUCAUGAUCCAGACGGGCGACCCGACGGGCACCGGCCGCGGCGGGAGCAGCAUCUACGGCGAGAAGUUCGAGGACGAGAUACACCCUGGCCUCCGACACACGGGCGCGGGCGUCCUCUCCAUGGCCAACGCCGGCCCCAACACCAACGGGUCGCAGUUCUUCAUCACGCUGGCGCCGACGCCGUGGCUGGACGGGAAGCACACCAUCUUCGGGCGCGUGCGCAGCGGGCUCGGCGUCGUGCGCCGUAUGGGCAUGGUGCGGACGGGCGCCGAGGACCGCCCCGUCGAGGAGGUCAAGGUCGUGCGCGCGAGGGUCAGCGACGAUGCCGAUGACGGGCUCGGCGAGUGA